AUGAUAUGCAAUCUUUUGGGAUGUUCCAUGGAGCGCUUCGAUACUCCAUGGAAGCCAGAAAAAGUGUUCAAAAAGCUAGAAGAAACUGGAUUCCUUGAACAGUACCUUCUACUGGAGUCUAUUCCCACGGAGUACGGGGACCAGUUCAAAGAGAAGAUCUUGGAGUACCUUUUGUCAUGUACUGCAUUUAUCAGAAAGCGGUUUAAGAAAGGAACACCUUGUGGAGACAUUGUCAGGACUCUUAUGGAAGGAGGCGAUGGACACUCGUCCAUCUGUCAGCAUGCCCUUCCCUACCUUCAAAGCUUGUUUCAGUUGUCAAUGUCGUUUCAGCAACGAAGCAACACCAGUGUAGAGGAAGCCUGUUUUUGUCAAUGGUGCGAAAAGGAGGAUUCUUCUGACAAACUUCUAAAAUGUUCGAUGCAACAAGGAAUGCCAAAAAGCGGACUGGAAGCAGCAGAAGCCGAUGUGUUCUGA